AUGCUCCCGGCCGAUGAGGAGCGCGCUUCUUUCAUCACAGAUAGAGGCCUCUAUUGUUAUAGGAUGAUGCCGUUCGAGUUGAAAAAUGUCGGAGCAGCUUACCAAAGGCUCGUCAACAAAAUAUUUAUGGACCUCAUCGGCAAGACAAUGGAGGUAUAUGUGGAUGACAUGUUGGUAAAAAGAAUGGAGGCUGAGGACUACAUAACACAUCUCAACAGCACAUUCCAGAUCUUGAGAAGAUAUAGGAUGAGGCUCAACCCUCUCAAAUGCACCUUUGGAGUGGCUUCAGGCAAAUUCUUGGGAUACAUGGUCAAUCAACGCGAAAUUGAAGCCAACCUGGAGAAGAUUGAGGCCCUGUACAAGAUGAGGUCUCCCCAAAAGCCAAAGGAAGUGCAAAGUUUGACCGGGCGGGUGGCCGCACUUAGCUGCUUCGUCUCCAAAACUACAGACAAAUGCCUCCCAUUUUUCAAAGUGCUGAAAGCGGGGAAAAAGUUCCAAUGGAACGAGGAAUGUGAAGAGCCCUUCCAAGGCCUGAAAAGGCACUUGGGGCAGGCCCCCCUCCUCUCCAAAUUGAAACCCGAAGAAAUCCUACAACUAUAUCUGGUCGUCUCAAAUGAGGCCAUCAGUUCGGUUCUGACUCGAGAAGAGGGAACCGCCCAACUUCCAGUUUACUAUACAAGAAGAUUAUUGAAGUGGGCAGUGGAGCUAAGCGAAUUUGACCUUAUAUUCAAGGCUAGGGCAGCCAUCAAGGGUCAGGCCUUAGCUGACUUUGUGGCAGAAUUCACCAACUUACCCGACGUCGAUGAAAUCAUGGAACCCGCUGAGCCUCCUACAUGGAACUUAUUCGUAGAUAGGUCGGCUGAAGACGCCGACUCAAGUGUUGGAGUGGUCCUCAUCAGCCCUGAAGGUCACAAGCUAAACUCAGCGGUGAUGUUCGGGUUCAAGGCUACCAACAAUGUAGCAGAAUAUGAGGCACUACUUGCAGGCCUCAGGCUGGCCAAGGAAAUGCAAGUAAAGAGGCUCCUCAUAAGUAGUGACUCCCAGCUGGUUGUUAGCCAAGGAAAUGGGAACUUCUUAGCCAAGGACAAAACAAUGGCCUCCUACCUGAAAAUAGUGAUGAACCUCAUCCCAUCCUUUGAAAAAUUCGAACUAAUUCAAAUCCCCUGCAUCGAAAAUUCUCAUGCGGAUGCACUUUCCAAGCUCACUAGUAGCAAGGAUUCGGAACUACUCACGGUACUUUCCACUGACAAGCUUGAGGCCUCCAAGCUAAGGAGGAGGUCAGCCCACUUCCUCUUCAUUGAUGAUGUUCUCUUUAAGAGAAGCUUUUCCUCUCCACUCUUACGGUGCGUCGGAGGAGAAGAGGCUAACUACAUAUUAAGAGAAGCGCACGAGGGCGUGUGCAGUAAUCACUCUGGAGGUCUAUCUUUAGCACAAAAAAUAUUGAGGCAGGGGCACUACUGGCAUACCCUAAAAAGGGACGCCCUUCAGUUUGAUUUGACUGCGGUCUCCAGCCCUUGGCCUUUCUCAAAGUGGGGUGUGGACCUCAUACGUCCUCUACCUAAAGGUAGAGGAGGUGCAAGCUUCGCAAUUGUGGCCAUCGAUUACUUUACAAAAUGGGUUGAGGUCGAACCGCUGGCCAAAAUUACAGAAGCAAACACUUCCAAGUUCUUAUGGAAGAAUAUUAUGUGCCGGUUUGGGAUCCCCUAUUCGAUCGUCUCAGAUAAUGACAGAGAAUUCGACAACAAGAAGGUCAGAGAACUAUACGAGGAACUUGGCAUCAAGAAACAUUUCUUCACACCUCACCACUCACAAGCAAAUAGCCAAGUUGAGGCUGUCAACAAAACAAUCAAACAUGUCUUAAAAAUAAAGCUUGAUAUGUCGAAGGGGGCCUAG